AUGGAGCUGCUGCUGCCAAUCAUGGAUCCACCUGGAGACGAAAACCCAUUUCACCCUCCAGAAAAGCAGGUUUGUCCUCCCCCUACGAGCUUCAGCGGACAAGACAUAAAAGGCGACAGCCUAAGGACAAAGCUGCCGACCGGUGACAAACAGCCGGCGCCCCGCCGCGCGCAGCUUCCCCUCCCCGGGGCCGCCCCGCAGCCGCACCCAAGGGCCGCCGCACCGCGCGGCUCCGCCAGGGGAGGGGCGCAGAGGGCGGUGCAGUGCCGUCCUACCGCCGCCCGCUCCACCUGCUGCCGCUGCGCCAGUAGCCGGCUGGGGGGAGCGCUUGCUCGCCCGCCCGCUCCAUCCCCGCGGGGCCCCUUUGUGCUGCUCCAGAGCUGCCCUGAGCCACGCGGCGGCUGCGUCACGGCGCUGAGUCUUUCUGCCCGCCGAGGGACAGCCGCCGCCUCGCCGCCCGCUCCGCCAUCGCUGCGCGGGCCGCGGCGGAACGACGCCUCGCCGCCCCCCGAGGAAGGGCCGGGAGCCGCGGCGGUGAGUGGCGGGGCGCUGCCUCGCCGCCCCCAGGGAGGGCCGGGGGGAGCGCUGCCGUGUGCGGGGCCGCCAUGGCGAGGGGCGCCGGGCGGGGCCGGGGCUGAGGGCGAUGCCGAUGCCGCACCGCGGUCGCCGGGAUCGUGA